AUGCAUACCCUACAGAAGUGUUGGAAUGAACAGCCGGCACUUCGCCCGGAUUCAUCCAACCUUCUCAAUGAUAUUACCAACAAAAUGGAUACGGCUUUCAACCAUAAUACUUCGUUCUUCGAUAAUAUACUACACCGAGUGAAGAAAUACGCAGACGCUCUAGAAGACGAGGUCUAUAAUCGCACUGUUGAGCUACAGACUGAGCGGAAGCGCUGCGAUGAGUUGCUGUGCGAAAUUCUUCCGCGCAUAGUCGCCGAACGCCUUCGAAAUGGAGGAAAGGUCGAACCCGAAUACUUUGAAAGUGUAACUGUGCUAUUUUGUGAUGCACAUGGAUUCGAAACCCAUGUCGUGGACCUGCGGUCACCGGUCGCUGUCACGGGGUUUCUGAGCAAACUGUACUUUGCUUUCGAUCCCGUUGUUAAAGGUUUUAAUGCCUACAAGGUGGAAACAGUCGCUAGCUCGUAUCUUGUAGUCAGCGGACUGCCAGUUAAAAUCGGCACUCACGGGAAUGAGAUUGCCUCUUUAGCAUUAGCGCUGAGGAAAGCGUUUACGCUCGAUUUGCCGAUUAGUACGCUUGAUGUUUAUUUUAUGGCAUGUUUAGGACCAUGCGUUGCUGGAGUUGUCGGCCAUGUCAAUCCUCGCUACUGCUUAUUCGGCGAUACAGUGAAUACCGCUUCGCGAAUGCAAAGCCAGAGCCUUCCAGGUCAUAUUCAGCUCAGUGCGGAAACUGCUGACCUCCUUCGCAGCGUUGCGCGUCCCGCUUAUGAAAUUAAGGAGCGCGGGAAUAUAGACAUUAAGGGAAAGGGCUUGCAGACGACGUACUGGUUACAUGGAACAAGCACUGCGAAGCUACCUUAA